GUAUCUUAUUACCACUACCACUUUUAUAAUCGUUAUGCCACAAAGUGUAUAUAUAGUUAAAUUCAAAAAUGCAAAUGGAUAUAUAGCAUACAUAAACAUAAGAUCUCAAUAUGGAGAGUGACAAGGUGGUCGGGAAAGAAGAGCAACACGACACGAACAGGAAACAGCAUCCACGAGGAGGCAUCCGAACACUUCCUUUCAUACUUGCAAAUGAGGUAUGUGAUAGAUUUGCGGUGGCUGGUUUUAAUGGUAACUUGAUAAGUUACUUAACUCAAGAGUUGAAUAUGCCAUUGGUAUCAGCUGCCAACACACUUACAAUCUUUGGUGGAACAGCUAGCUUCACCCCUCUCAUUGGUGCUCUCAUUUCUGAGUCCUUUGCUGGCCACUUUUGGACCAUUACAAUUGCUUCCCUCAUCUAUGAAUUGGGAAUGAUGAGCAUAACACUAUCAAGCAUACUACCACACAUGCGCCCUCUACCAUGUCCAACACAAAUAAAUUGCCAAGAAGCCACAUCCUCACAAUUAUCAAUGUUUUUCAUCUCUCUUGUUCUCAUAUCUCUUGGAUCAGGUGGCAUUAGACCUUGUGUUGUUCCAUUUUUAGGAGAACAAUUUGAUAUGACCAAAAAAGGUGUUGCAUCUAGGAAAUGGAACAUUUUCAAUUGGUACUUUUUCUUCAUGGGAUUGGCUUCUCUAACUGCUUUGACUAUUGUUGUAUACAUUCAAGACAAUACUGGUUGGGGUUGGGGCUUUGGCAUACCAACAAUUGUUAUGUUAAUGUCCAUUGUUGCUUUUGUCUUGGGCUCACCCUUCUAUAAAACUCACAAACCUAAAGGAAGCCCAAUGGUUCGUUUGGCCCAAGUCAUUGUGGCAGCUGUGAAAAACAGGAAAGAAGUUUUACCAAAUGAUCCCAAGUUAUUGUACCAAAAUAGUGAGCUUGAUGUUGGUAUUUCUUUGGAAGGAAUGCUUUUACACACAAAACAAUAUAAAUGGUUGGACAAGGCUGCAAUUGUGACAGGGGAAGAGAACAGAGAACCAAAUGAUCCACCAAACUUUUGGAAAUUAUCCACUGUCCAUAGAGUUGAGGAACUAAAAUCAAUCAUAAGAAUCCUUCCAAUUUCAUCAUCAGGAAUAUUACUCAUAGCUGCUUCAGCACACCUACCUAGUUUCGUCAUUGAACAAGCUCGAACAAUGGAUCGUCACCUCUCUCACUCAUUCCAAAUUUCACCAGCCAACAUGUCAAUUUUCAGUGUCAUAACUACAAUGAUAGGAGUUAUUCUAUACGAACGCCUUUUCGUCCCGUUCACUCGUAGAUUCACAAACAAUCCUUCUGGAAUCACAUGCAUACAAAGAAUGGGAAUAGGAUUCAUAAUCAACAUUGUAGCCACAUUAAUUUCAGCCUUUAUAGAAAUCAAAAGAAAAGAAGUUGCUUCUAAGUACAACUUAUUGGAUGAUCCAAAAGCAAUUAUUCCUAUAAGUGUGUUUUGGUUAGUACCUCAAUAUUUCUUUCAUGGACUUGCUGAUGUUUUCAUGUCUGUUGGACUUUUUGAAUUUUUGUUUGAUCAAGCACCUGAAAGCAUGAGAAGUACUGCUACAGCUAUAUAUUGCAUAGUUAUAGCUAUUGGUAGCUAUGUUGGUACAUUUAUUGUGUCACUUGUGCAUAAAUAUAGUGGUAAAGAAAGGAAUUGGUUACCUGAUAGGAACCUCAAUAGAGGUAAAUUGGAGUACUAUUAUUAUCUUGUUAGUGGAAUUCAACUUAUAAAUCUAUUUUAUUUUGGGAUUUGUCUUUGGUGUUACACUUACAAGCCCUUGGAAGAAAUUAGUGAAAUGAAAAAGGAAGAAGAUUUGGAACAGGUUGAUACAAAAAUUUUGGCUGCAAAUUUAGAAGAGAAAGUUUAGUAAAAAAAAUUAUGUAUUUAUAGUGGCUGAUUUGUAUUGUUGGACUCUUUGAAUCUUCAAUUCCUAUGUAAGUGGUAUAUGUAAAAAGAACAUUUCAGAUCCUAGAGUAUUUUUUUUUUAAUGUGUUUUUAUUAUUAAUUCAA